GGGCCAACGCCAUCAAGAGUAUUUCCAAGACCUAUCUUGAUGGAGGCGACUACGUUGCAGCUGCUGCCAAAGCAGCCGGUGAGCUCUAUGGCUAUGGCCACACAGAUGUGCUGUUCAAGCCAACCAAAGCAGCUGAAGCGCAGUUUCGACCCACAGCCUCCGAUGCCAUGUCCUAUUUUGUUGGGCACAAGGCUGUGGAGAAUGGUUAUCUUGAGGAUGCUGGUUUUGCCAUCAACGGUGGAAAGGGAUGGUCGAACGUGGCUUUUGAUAACCAUAAAAUCGAUGUCAGCGGCAAUGUUGCCAUUGCCAUGGGCAACUACUUCUUCACCAGUGCUGCAGAUGGAAGCAAGACCAAAGUUGAGUACACUUUCGGCUACAAGAAGAAUGCCGACGGCAAGGUGCGCAUCUUCCUCCACCACUCCUCAGUGCCAUACAGCGUGCCCGCAGCCACUCCAACUGCAGAGAUUACUGAAGAGGAAGUAAAGAGUGUGCAGGCAGCAUGGGCCAAUGCCAUCAAGAGUAUCUCCAAGACCUAUCUUGACGGAGGUGACUACAUUGCAGCUGCUGGCAAAGCAGCUGGUGAGCUCUACGGCUAUGGGCACACAAAUGUGCUGUUCAAGCCAACCAAAGCGGCUGAAGCGCAGUUUCGACCCACAGCCUCCGAUGCCAUGUCCUACUUUGUUGGGCACAAAGCGGUCGAGAAGGGUCAUCUUGAGGAUGCUGGUUUUGCCAUCAACGGUGGAAAGGGAUGGUCGAACGUGGUUUUUGAUAACCACCAAAUCGACGUCAGUGGCAAUGUUGCCAUUGCCAUGGGCAACUACUUCUUCACCAGCGCUGCAGAUGGAAGCAAGACCAAAGUUGAGUACACUUUCGGCUACAAGAAGAAUGCCGACGGCAAGGUGCGCAUCUUCCUCCACCACUCCUCAGUGCCAUUUGUGGCGGAGUCCAAAGUGCAGUCCCCAAGUUUGGUGGCAACUUUGAAGUCAAAGGUUGCUGGAGCAUAGAUUUAAGCUCUGAGAUGAAUGCUUUGGUGGUAUCUUUAGUAUUCUUUAGUGCCUUUUUUCGAGGCAGACAGGGACUUGAAACAGUUGCCUGGUCUGGUGCUUUGCGAAAGCUUUAUUGCACUUUUCCCCACGUUUGAGGUUUUCAGAUUUGUCCUUUGUACAGCUUUUGCCUCAAACAUUUUUGUCCAAUAUCAAAUUGAUUUGUCUAAUUUGAUCUAAUUUGUGCAUUUGCCGGACCUAGGAGCCGGUUAGGGAGUGAAUCAUUCCCACCAGAGGAGGUGUCUUUGAAAGUUUUGGGAAGAGCCAAUGGGUCAAAGGCCUAAGCUCUUCAACCAAGCAGCUAGCACAUUGCAGCUUUGCUUGGAGACCCUUCGGAUUCUCGCAAUUGCGCGUCUCAAAAGUUUCGCCAAUUUAGAAUCGCGUGACCGCGUGAGCGAUAGACAGUGAUACGUAGUACUGCAGUUCGUUUGAAA